ACUGUCGUGUCGGCUUCCGUUGUAGCCUAAACAGGCUGCAAGCUAACGUUACUCGUGUUUGGAAAGAUGUCGGGUAACAAUGUGGGUGCGAAAGUUGACGCUAAUACAGUAAAUAGCAAGAACGUUUCUCUUCCUAUGUCAAGAGUAAAAUUGAUCAUGAAGAGUUCUCCAGACGUUUCCAGCAUUAAUCAAGAUGCUCUUUUCUUAACUACGAAAGCAACGGAACUUUUUGUUCAACAUUUGGCACAGUGUUCCUUUAAAAGAGGCUCGGGAAGAGAGAAAAACACUUUGGCGUACAGUGAUCUUGCAAAUGUUGCAGAGGAGAUCGAGACUUUUCAGUUUCUCACUGAUAUCUUGCCAAAGAAGAUUUUGGCAAGAGACUACCUGAGGUCCCUUGAGGAAAGGGGAGAAGACGUGGAUGACUAGCUCCAGAGAUACAGGAUAAGCUCUCUGGACCUUCACACCGUGUCUUACGGUCCUUCCGUAAUGUGGCCCAAGGUUUCAUGUUAGUUCAACCAGAAUGCUGCAAACUGGUACUGUCAGCUGUUUGACAAAUCACGAGCCCUCCUCAGGAUAUCCUCUUCUCUUCCGCAAUGCUUUUUAGGCUGCAAUUUUCUUGUAUCAGCCCAUGACAUUUUAAUUGUCAGAUGACUUCAUUUAACCAGUUUCAGUCGUAGAGUUUGAAUCAAUACACUAACACAGGAGGCAAAGUCAACUAAGGUUGGUAACG